AUGGCUUCGUCCAAGUGCCCCAUGAGAGAGGCCAAUGUCGCCGGCGGCGGCACUCGCAACCGCGACUGGUGGCCCAAUGACCUGAGACUCAACAUCCUCCGCCAGCACACUGCUGUCUCCAACCCGAUGGACAAGGACUUCAGCUACGCACAAGCCUUCAAGAGCUUGGACUACGAGGCGGUCAAGAAGGAUCUUCAUGCCUUGAUGACAGACUCUCAAGAGUGGUGGCCAGCCGACUUUGGUCACUAUGGUGGUCUGUUCAUUCGGAUGGCCUGGCACAGUGCUGGAACCUACCGUGUCGCCGAUGGCCGUGGUGGCGGUGGUCAAGGUCAACAGCGCUUUGCUCCCCUCAACAGCUGGCCUGACAAUGUCAGCCUGGACAAGGCCCGCCGCCUGCUCUGGCCCAUCAAACAAAAGUAUGGCAACAAGAUCUCCUGGGCCGAUCUGAUGCUCCUCACUGGCAAUGUCGCCCUCGAAUCCAUGGGUGUCAAGACCUUUGGCUUUGCUGGUGGCCGUCCAGACACCUGGGAGGCCGACGAGUCAGCCUACUGGGGCGGCGAAACCACCUGGCUAGGCAAUGACGUUCGUUACUCCCAAGGUCACUCGGGCAUCACAGGCGACGGCGUUGUCGAUUCCGAUGAACAUAAGAGAGACCACAAGGAUAUUCACACUCGAGACUUGGAGACCCCGCUCGCAGCUGCGCACAUGGGCUUGAUUUACGUCAACCCAGAAGGCCCCGACGGCAUUCCUGACCCUGUCGCCUCCGGCAGAGACAUCCGCACCACCUUUGGCCGCAUGGCGAUGAACGAUGAAGAAACCGUUGCGCUGAUCGCGGGUGGUCACUCCUUCGGCAAGACACAUGGCGCCGCUCCUUCUGAAAACGUCGGCAAGGAACCAGCAGACGCUCCUUUGGAGCAACAGGGCUUUGGAUGGGCCAACAAACAUGGUUCUGGCAAAGGUCCCGACACCAUCACCAGCGGCAUCGAAGUCACAUGGACCGCCACUCCCACAAAGUGGAGUAACAAAUACCUCGAAUAUCUCUUCAAAUACGAAUGGGAGCUCACGAAGAGCCCUGCUGGCGCCAACCAGUGGGUAGCAAAGACGGACGACUUGAUCAUUCCUCAUGCUUAUGACCCCAACAAGAAGCUUAAGCCGACCAUGCUGACGACCGACCUUGCGCUCCGCUUCGACCCAGCCUAUGAGAAGAUCUCUCGCCGUUUCCUCGAGCACCCAGAGGAGCUUCACGAUGCUUUCUCGCGUGCUUGGUUCAAACUUUUGCACCGUGAUAUGGGUCCACGAUCCCGCUGGCUCGGUCCCGAAAUCCCGUCCGAGGUGUUGAUCUGGGAAGAUCCUAUCCCACCUGCCAACCAUCCCAUCAUCGAUGAAAGUGACAUUUCCAGCCUGAAGCAAAAGAUUUUGGCCACCGGCACCAAGCCUUCCGAGUUGAUCACUGUUGCGUGGGCAUCGGCUUCAACCUUCCGUGGCAGCGACAAGCGCGGCGGCGCCAACGGUGCUCGCAUUCGCCUCGCUCCCCAGAACAAGUGGAAAGCAAAUAACCCUCAAAUACUAAGUCAAGUGCUGGCAACUUUGGAGAAGGUGCAGCAGGAGUUUAACAGCUCCGCAAGUGGUGGCAAGAAGGUGUCGUUGGCCGAUCUCAUCGUCCUGGCAGGUACCGCAGCCGUGGAGAAAGCCGCUGGCAUUUCUGUUCCCUUCACCCCUGGCCGCACAGACGCCACUCAAGAGCAAACCGAUGCUCAAUCUUUCGAGCACCUCGAGCCUGUGGUUGAUGGAUUCCGCAAUUACGGCAAGGGAACAUCCCGUGCCCGAACGGAACACUUCCUCGUCGACAAGGCACAACUGCUGAAUCUGUCCGCACCUGAAAUGACUGUGCUGGUGGGCGGUCUGCGGGUCUUGAAUGCCAACUGGGAUGGCUCUUCCUACGGCGUCUUUACCAAGCGGCCCGGUCAAUUGACCCCUGACUUCUUCACCAAUCUCCUCGACAUGGGCACCGCCUGGAAGGCCGCCAGCCCCGAUGAGGAACUUUACGAGGGCUUCGACCGCAAGACCGGUGAGAAGAAAUGGACUGGCACUCGCAGUGAUCUUGUCUUUGGCUCUCACGCCGAGUUGCGCGCCAUCGCCGAGGUGUAUGCCAGCGCUGGCAACGAGGAGAAAUUCGUCAAGGACUUUGUCGCAGCUUGGGCCAAGGUUAUGAACUUGGAUCGAUUUGAUUUGGCUUCCGCUCAGGACCCAGCAAAGGCGCGUCUAUAA